AUGAACACAGAGGGCCCCCAUGUCAUCAGCCCCACAGGUGCCAGCUCUCCAACCUUCCUCACAGCUCCGGCUACACCUGGGCCUCUGGUGGAGAUGGCAGGCCCUGUCCCUGUGCUCAUUGCCCUGGCCUGCAUCUUCCUGCUGCUGGCCUCCUGCCUGCUGUUCAUGACGCUCUGCAAACCAGCUGCACUGGACCCGGGCCACCGUCAGGCACGAGAGUGCAUGCCACACCACCCUGCCAGCCCCAGCGAGCCCCAGCUCAGGCUCUGGAAGCGCCUGGGCUCUCUGCGCCGCUCCCUGCACAGCUUCAGGCAUGGUUGGCCAACUGCCCCACGGUGUCCUCUGCCAGGCCAGGAGGAUAACUCAGGUGCCACUGACUACACAGAAUCUACCAAGAUGUGA